AUGCUGCAGCAAAUUAAACUGUCACCCAAGAACUUUGCUUUCGCCCUUAAGUCCGUCAGCAGCGAGUUCGACUCAAUCCUCAAAAGGACUUGGAAGGCUGCAGCAGAUGCUGGAUUCAUGAACUACAGUGUUCCUACUACAGCGUCUGUUGCACACUGUACUGUUAAGGGUUCACCCUUCAUAAUAUUGACCCUCCCGAAUCGCUUUACUUCCCGAAGAAAACCCACAGUCCCACAUAGGAUGGAUGAGCAGCUGUCACCUGAAGGCUUCAAUUUCACGAAGGUGAAACCGAGAGAAUUACUCUUCUAUCUGGGAAUGGAGGAUACGGAUACCCAGACGGGUGUUGUUCUGGUGAAUGUAAGCCCCUUCACCUUUGGGCAUUCGCUGCUGGUACCGGACCCACCAAAGUUGUUUAACCAAGUUAUUCGUAGACCAUCCUUGGAUUUGGCUCUGAGCUCACUGCUGAGUUCGGCAGAUAGACUCCUUUGCCUGGGUUUCAACAGCCUUCUGGCAUAUGCCUCGGUGAAUCACCUGCAUUAUCACCUCUGGUAUUCGAUGGUCCCACUGCACGCUGCCACUUGCCCACUUAGAACAAAACCGGCUCUUCCAGCUUUCAAGGAGUUGCAGCAGCACUGUGUGGACAACUUUGUUUUCGAAUUCACGUCCCUCUCCGAACAGCUUUGGCGAGCCAUAGAGUCCUGUCAACAACUGAAGAUUGCCCACAACUUAUUUGCUGCGCGUAAUACCCAAGGCGUUCUCCGUGUGGUUCUCUGGCCCCGCCGUUCAGUGCUUGAGGCCAAGGCUGUGGGCUCUGCCCUCGGCGGCUCCUCAAGAGGCUUUAAUGUUGCUGUGGCUGAACUGGCCGGAAUGAUGCUUGUGGUCGACGAGGCAACGUGUGCCGCUCUGCAAGCGGAGGGUGCGCUGACGGAGGUGCUAAUGAACGAGCGUUUGCCGGCUGCGGAACUGGCUGAACUCUACGCACUCCUCGCAAAGGGAUCAUGA